CGAUUGUUCCGAGAGAUUAAGUUAUGGUUGAAACUUGAGCACGAAAAUAUCGUUCCUCUCUUUGGAGUUACAGAUGGAUUUGGUUCCCUCCCAGCACUCAUCUCUCCAUGGUUCCAAAAUGGCACUCUGACCGGAUACCUUCAGCGUAAGCAUAAGAUGCUUUCCUACAAUGCAAAAUUUGCACUGCUCAGGGAUGUAGCUCGUGGACUUCAAUAUCUCCACUCGCAGUCAAUCAUCCAUGGAGACUUGAGCGGUAAUAAUAUUCUUGUUGACAAGAAUGGAAAAGCAAGCCUUGCCGAUUUUGGUCUUUCUGCCCUCCUUCCUGAAAGAACGAGUCAGGCAUUGUUGCCCACCAAUCCCACGUGCACUGCACCAUACAUGGCGCCAGAAUACUUAAUAUUCGAUGAUGAAGGCAACAUGUCACUGGUAUUCACUUCGAAAAGCGACGUGUACUCUUUUGGGGGGAUCAUGCUACAGGUACUUUUGGAGGGCAAGAUCCCAUACCAUUAUAUUGCCAGAUAUGAAGCCAUAAUUCACUGCAUAUCACAAGGGAUAAGACCCAAAAGGCCGCCCGCACCUGUGAUCAGCGAUGUUGACUGGGAUUUCAUUCAGAGUUGUUGGUCACGGGAUAUGGAGCAUCGACCCUCUGACGAAGCCAUCCUAAAAUUUGUGGAAGGACGGGCUGUCCUGAAUCCAGUUUGUGGGUGA